AUGCGCAACAACAAAAACAAGAUCUCCAUCAUCGCCGGCUCCCUCGUCCUUUCGCCGCCGUGGUCGCAUGCGUCGUCGUCCUCGUCGUCAACAACAACAAGUCCGACGACGACAAGUCCCCCUCCCCUCCCUCCGGCGGCACCUCCACUCCGUAAAUCCAUCCAGACCGAUCUGCCAGCCCGCCGCUUCCGCGACAGCUUGCCGAGGAAGAGCUCUCCAAAAGGCAGCGGGCAACGCCACGACACAAAGUCUCAUCAAAGUCGCCUCGAGGUCCCAUCAGAGUACCUCCGCGAGGAGUUACAACCACUCCGGCUCCUCGCGGAGGCCGCCAAGGACCCAAGAACGCCGCGCCUCGAAGACUGCCAGGCCAGCUUCGAGAACGCGAUAAAGGACUACGAGCGGCGGUUGGACAGCUUCAUGGGCUAUCCCCCGCGACAUGGCCACGUCGCCUGGGACAUCAACACCGUCGUCACCAGCGCAGUUUCGAAACUAUGCACGACUGCUCGGACGGCCUGGCCGACGACAAACAAGGCGGCCAAGCGCUCAAAGACGCCGCAACAAGACGCUGGAGAUCGGCCGGAACGCGAUGGCGAUAUCGCGCGAGAUCGAGAAGUUCACCGGGGACUUCAACCUGUCGGACAUGUUCGGGGCGCUGGCGGACAACAGGAGCGUAGGUCUCUUAGAGGGAAGAAGAGAGGCAUGUGCGCCGGCGGACCUGCCGCGAGCACGGGGGAGAUAUGGACGAAGCCUCCGUUCGCCGUCAGAGUGGCCCAGGAUGGGAGCGAGCAGUUCAGGACGAUCAUGGAGGGGCUGGGCGCGAUGCCCAGGAAGAACAAGGAGUACGUCGUGAUGUACAUCAAGGAAGGGGUUUACAACGAGCACGUUGAGGUUGAUCGGACCCUGAACAUGCUGGUGCUCGUCGGUGAUGGGCCCACCAAGACUAGGAUCACCGGCAAUUUGAACGUGCAGAUGGGGGGCAAGAUGAGUACAUCCAGGACCGCGACCUUCACCGUGAUGGCUGACGACUUCAAUGUGCCAAAAGGACAUCGGCGUGUUCGAAGCAAACACGCGGAUCGGCGCAGGUUGUUGAUGUAUGUAGGCGAGCCCUUCCGCGUGUAA